ACAACUUCUAUCACACGAACGACUCGAAACGUCAACAGCUGGAUGUACGAAGUGUUGUGGGAGAAAGCUAUUACAACGAAGAUAUUAAAACAGCAUACUUUAAAAUAUUUUCGCCAUGUUUUUCAGUCACAGAGAACCGCAACUAUUCAAAGCAUUAGCGUGAAAACAACAGCACCACUCUGCGUUUGACCCUUUGAGGAAAUCCUUUUGAGCGUUCCGCACUUCACAGGUAAGAGCGGAGUUUAGUUAGUUUGUUAAUUUACUUGGUAAGUUCACGUUAAAUACCCUUUAAAAGACAUGGCCAGCAGCAGUAGCGGUGGCAGUGUGGACAUGGAUCCAGAUGUUGCUCUGAGGCUGUUUGAGGAGGGAGCGACCCUCGUGCUGCUGGGUGUUCCUCAGGGUACAGAGCUUGGGAUCGACUGCAAGAGUUGGCAAGUGGGUCCUCGCUUCCGGGGUGUUAAGAUGAUACCCCCAGGUCUGCACUUCCUCCACUACUGCUCGUCAGGCUAUGGAGGACAAGUUGGCCCGAAGACAGGCUUCUUCCUCUCUCUCAAACCCAGAGAGGUCAUACUAGCCAACUGGGACGCCAAAGAAGAAGAUUUGGACUUCUCAGCCUCCAAGAAUGAGCAGGAGGUGAGUCGAAUUCGUGGCAGCUUGCGAGAGCUUGAUCCUUACCUGGGUCCCUAUCCCUAUGAGGUGAUGAGAAAGUGGGUGUCCUUCACUGACCGUAUCAGUGAGGAGGUGGCCAAAAACUUGCAGCCUCUCUCAGGUCGGAUAUGUGCAUUCGGUGACGUGAUUCCCGAACUUGAGUUCAGACACACCAAAGACAGGGCAGAGCAGCCGAGGAAUGACACGGCCUGUCAGAGCAUGAGAGAGGGACUUGACAGGCUCCCCAAGAUGAAACAGAGGGAGGGUACAGAGUUGCGCUUCUCUGUCAUCCCUAAGAAGACCUACCCUCCUGGGGCUACGCCGGCUGAGAUCACCAAGUGCAGCAUGGACCUGAGCUAUGCCCUGGAGACCGUGCUAGAGAAGAACCACAAACAGCAGCCUCUUAACGUGCUAGGUGAGCUGCAGUUUGCCUUCGUGUGUUUCCUCUUUGGAAAUGUGUAUGAGGGCUUCGAGCACUGGAAGUGCCUCCUCACUCUGAUGUGUCGCUCAGAGGAGGCCAUUGUGAAGCACAAGGAACUCUAUCUGGGGCUCAUUGGCGUGCUGUACCACCAGCUUGGGGAAAUACCUCCUGACUUUUUUGUUGACAUUGUGUCACAGAACAACUUCCUUACCUCCACACUGCAGGAUUUUUUCCAUUUUGCCAGUGGGCCUGGUGUAGACGCCACCCUGCGUAAGAGAGCAGAGAAAUUCAAAGCCCACCUGACCAAGAAGUUCCGCUGGGAUUUCGAGACCGACUUGGAUGACUGUGAACCUGUUGUGGUGGAGCUGCCUGAAGGUGUUACAGUGGACUAAAACUACUCUGUGGACUCAGUGUUCACCCAUAAACAGGAACACAGAAGGAGAGCCACAAAGUAUCUGAUGCUACAGUCACACUAGGGAAAACAGUGGUCGGAGACCGUGGCUUGACCAAAAUUAUUGAAAACUUAUGAUCUCAUUGCAUUUCAAAUAGUUGCUUUGAAAAUGGGAAGCAAGUGCGCAACCACUCGCAGACUGUUGCCAUCCUCAGUGACUUUGUGAAGUCAAUAAAACAGCAAUAAGAGGGAGCCAGUGAUUGAAGGGGCUCAUGUUGGCAAUUACAUGUUUGUGAUAAUAGGACAAUUAACUGAUAAAUUGGCGAAAAUCGUAAGUCUGUGGCCAACUACAUAUACAGAAAUUCACAUUACCUACUUAUAUUCAGAGUCCAGCUAAAACCUCACAAAUUUAAAACAGAAAUUCCAAAAUUCCUCCACAAAUAGUGGCGUAGUUGCUGCAGGAAGUGAUAUAUAGGUGCUUGUCAACCAUGCUUUUACAUAACCAGCUGGCAACUAGUUGAGUCGAGUCCCCUUAAAGGCACAUCGCAGAUGAGUUGGCCUCAUCAGUGCACACUGACUCAUAUUGGUUGCAGUGUGUUUAUGUUUAUAAAUUAGACAGCCACUACCUGCAAACCUUCACUAGUUUGUAUGAGAGUGAUUGCCGACAGGUUGCGUCCCACCUGGUAACCUGUGCAAGGCUGAGAGUACUGCAUACUCAACUUCUGGUUGGUCACUUCAGCUACUUCCAGUUGGUCUCCAACUGAUUGCAACCAUGUUUUUUUUUUCUUGGUCAUAAGAAGGUCAUAAGCAGUCCUCAUAAUGUUAGUUUGUGUAACUCUAGUAGUUUAUUAGCAGAGUGUAUUGAAAUUCUAAUAUGUGAGCUGCUUUAUGUCUUGUAAAUUCGGUUUUUCCUCUGUUAAGAGAAAAGCAAGUGUGGUAUUUAGUUAUCUGUUGCAGUCUUGGCAGAGAGCAGUGCUUCUCUGAUGAUGAGACUUUAGUUGGGCCGUUAUUAAGACAGUUUGAACUGUAACCUUCAGUCAACCUUAUGAAAAAAAGGUACAUGAGAUGUACAGUAUUUUCUGGGGUUGGGGGUAUAGGUUUUAUAACUCAUAAAUGUUGUUUUGUUGGUAAAGAACUACUUUGUAAAAAAUUAGACUAAAAUCUUCUGUUUCAUUGAUUGUUACUAAUGUUGCUUUACUUUAAUCCGAUUAAUAAAAACACCACUUCUGAAGCCAAA